UUUUAGUGUCAUCUCAUCAAAUCAUUAUUUUGGUAAUAAAACAGUGGAAAAAGAAAAAGGAAAACAGUCCACUCACUCCAUAAAUCUCUUCUUUUUUCCCACUUUCUCGAACAAGAGAGGAAUCUGUGAAAUUUUUAUAGGUUUUGGGUAAGAUAUGGCGAUGAUGUUACAGAGAAAAGUGUUGAGGAGAACCUUCGGAGAAGGCAAAGCAAUACUCAACUUCAAUUCUAACCCUGUACUUUCUCCCUGCACUUCCUUCUCUACCGUUACUUCCGCUGCCGCUACACCAUUCCACAAUGCGCCACGUCAGCUUCCACCGUUCGAUUACCAGCCGAAACCGUACAACGGACCGUCGGCCGAUCAAAUCCUUGAGAAGCGGAAGAAGUUCUUGGGCCCCUCUCUCUUCUACUACUACCAAAAGCCUUUGAAUAUUGUUGAAGGAAAAAUGCAAUAUUUGUAUGAUGAAAACGGGAGGAGAUAUUUGGAUGCAUUUGCUGGAAUCGUAACGGUGUCGUGUGGUCAUUGCCAUCCGGAGGUUUUGAAUGCAAUAACAGAGCAAAAUAAGCUACUCCAGCACGCUACCACUAUUUAUCUCCAUCAUGCAAUUGCUGAUUUUGCUGAAGCUUUAGCUUCCAAAAUGCCUGGAAAUCUCAAGGUUGUAUAUUUCGUGAAUUCUGGGAGUGAGGCAAAUGAGUUAGCAAUGCUGAUGGCCAGACUAUACUCUGGUAAUCUUGGUAUGAUUUCCUUGAGAAAUGCUUAUCAUGGUGGAAGUUCUAGUACUAUUGGACUCACUGCGCUGAACACAUGGAAGUACCCAAUACCAGAGGGUGAAAUCCAUCAUGUUAUUAAUCCAGAUCCUUUUCGUGGAGUGUUUGGCUCUGAUGCUACUCGUUAUGCCAAAGAUGUACAAGAUCACAUUGAGUAUGGUACUUCAGGAAAAGUUGCUGGGUUUAUAGCAGAAACCAUUCAGGGAGUUGGAGGAGCAGUUGAACUAGCCCCAGGAUAUCUGAAACAGGUUUAUGACAUUGUACGCAAGGCAGGCGGUGUCUGCAUUGCCGAUGAAGUACAAACGGGAUUUGGUCGCACAGGAAGCCAUUAUUGGGGUUUUGAGACUCAAGGUGUCAUUCCUGACAUAGUUACCAUGGCAAAGGGUAUCGGCAAUGGAUUACCAUUAGGUGCAGUGGUCACUACACCAGAAAUUGCAAAUGUGAUGGCUCAAAAAAUUCAGUUUAACACUUUUGGAGGAAAUCCUGUAUGUUCUGCUGGUGGACUUGCAGUGCUCAGAGUUAUAGACAAGGAGAAGCGUCAAGCACAUUGUGCUGAUGUUGGUUCUCACUUGAUCGGACGCUUGAGAUCUUUACAGGACAAACAUGAUAUCAUUGGAGAUGUCAGAGGUAGAGGCUUAAUGGUGGGUGUGGAACUUGUUACCGACAGGAAGGAGAAGACACCGGCCAAGGCAAAAACUGCCAUUCUGUUCGAGAAUAUGAGAGAACUCGGAGUUUUACUUGGGAAAGGUGGGCUGCAUGGAAAUGUUUUCAGAAUAAAGCCACCAAUGUGUUUCACCAAAGAUGAUGCCGAUUAUCUUGUUGAUGCUUUGGAUUAUGCAAUGUCAAAGUUGUGAGCAAAAGGGGUUAUCUAACUUGUGGAUCCUUUGGUAUCAAAGUUCAGCAUAAUUUUGUGUUUAAUAGUAAUAAGAAAAGUACAUUUUGUUUGCAUUUGUAUUUGUCAAAAAGGAUCAUCAAAAUCCCUUCUAUAAUGUGAAAUAUGUUUCUCUGUGUUUGCA